UCUUAAGUCAAUUUCAGCACUGAAUUUCGCAUAAACCAUAAGCUACUUUACUACUAGUACUACUACAUACACCCCACAAAUGAAAUCAUCACUUGAUGAGUCUAGUUACGUAGAGAACAACUCUUCUUCAUCAGAAAUCUUGUUAGCAUCAGAACAACCAAAGAAACGUGCGGGUCGACGAAAAUUCAAGGAGACAAGACAUCCAGUAUACAGAGGAGUACGAAGAAGGAACAACAACAACAACAAGUGGGUUUGUGAAGUGCGUGUUCCUAACGACAAGUCCACGAGGAUUUGGCUUGGAACAUAUCCAACACCUGAGAUGGCAGCACGUGCACACGACGUUGCCGCACUGGCACUUCGCGGUAAAUCAGCUUGUCUUAAUUUUGCUGACUCUGCGUGGCGGUUAGCGUUGCCGGCGACGAACAAUGCGAAGGAGAUUAGGAAAAUGGCGGCGGAGGCUGCUUUGGCAUUUGCCGUAGUUGCGGACAGUAAGGAACAAACUAUGAUUAGUAAUUGUGAUGUUAAUAGUGUUGGUGUUAUGGAAGUUGAUAAUAAACCUUUGCAGGGACUGUGUGUGGAAGUUCCAGAGGAGGAAAUGUUGCAUGAUUGGUUUAGGAGUAUGGCUGAUGAGCCAUUACGAUCUCCUAUUACUCCAUUUAUAAGACAUGGCAGGGAUCAGUGGAAUAAUGUUGAUAUUGAUCAGGUUGAUGCUGAGGUCUCCUUGUGGAACUUUACCAUCUAAUCUAUGAGAUGCAUUUUGCUUUUUGUACUUUGAAAUUCUUUUUUAUUUUAGUACAUGUAGUUUGUAAUUCUUAUCACAUACGAUUGUGAAAAACAGUAGUAAUUCUCAACAAUGAUCAUAUUUUUAAGCUGUUCAGACUUCA